AUGCAGGCAGGCAGGCAGGCAGGCAGACAGGCAGUCAAGCAGGCAAGCCGAGAGGCGGGCAGUCGGGCAGGUGGGAAUUCAACGGAAGAGACAAGCGAAGCGACCGGUCACCCAGUGCACACACAAGCGGACAAACGCAGCCGUGAAAGAGGCAGUUGGCCUGGCACGGGGACGGCGAGUCGCGGCUAUUUCCGCAACUGCGGAAGCCGACGCGGGCGAGGCGAGGAGGCGGCAGACAAAGGAGAAAGACAGGCGGCGGCUGCGGCGCUCAAGUCGAUUCUCUACGUGCUUGUGUGCGUGCAUGCGUGCGUUUGCGAGUCUGCCGGUGAGACCUUCGGUGGCUCAAUCUCUGAGGUCUCGCCUUCGCGACUGGCCAAUUUGCCCGCAGGCCGCACGAUCUCGUUACAACUCACCCUCUCCUCGUGUCUGUUAUGUCCGGCUGUCGCUCCAUUCCGAAGGCUGUGCGGCGCAUUGCAGUCUGUCUGCGGACGUUUCGUCCGGCCUGACUGCCUGCCUGCCUGCCUGCCUGCCUGCCUGUCCGCCCGUAUCACCGGCCCCCCGACUGCCCGUUGA